AUGAUCAUGGUGAUAAUGAUGAUGAAGAAGAAGAAGAAGAAGAAGAAAAAGAAGAUGAAGAAGAAGGAGAAGAGGAAAAAGAAAAAGAAGAUGAAGAAGAAGGAGAAGAGGAAGAAGAAAAAGAAGAAGGAGAAGAGGAAGAAAAAGAAGGAGAAGAAGAAGGAGAAGAGGAAGAAAAAGAAGGAGAAGAGGAAGAAGAAGAAGAAGAUGAUGAUGAAGAAGAAGAAAAAGAAGAAGGAGAAGAAGAUGAUGAUAAUAUCGAUAAUGAUGAUGACGAUGAUGUUAAUUAAACAGAAUUCUCUGCCCACAAAGGACUAG